GACACGAGGCAGCAGAGUAGGAGUAGCAUCCCCCAGCCUCCUGCGCUCUCUUCAGCCCAUUAAACCGCAAAUUAAAGCGGCAAAACCCAGAACACGCACAAUACACAGUAGGCGGCAGGAAGAGAGGAAAGAUGAAGGACAAGCCAGCAGAGCGCGCAGUGGAGGAGCGCUACACACAAUGGAAGUCGCUAGUGCCAGUGCUCUACGACUGGCUUGCCAAUCACAACCUCGUUUGGCCUUCCCUCUCUUGCAGGUGGGGACCACAAGUGGAGCAAGCAACUUACAAGAAUCGCCAGCGUCUAUACCUUUCUGAACAGACGGAUGGCAGUGUUCCAAAUACACUUGUCAUAGCAAAUGUUGAAGUUGUCAAGAGUAGGGUGGCAGCAGCAGAGCACAUAGCACAGUUCAAUGAAGAAUCACGUUCGCCUUUCGUGAAGAAGAGCAAGACCAUCAUACAUCCUGGCGAGGUGAAUCGAAUCAGGGAACUUCCGCAAAAUAGCAACAUUGUGGCCACUCACACUGACAGUCCUGAUGUCCUCAUCUGGGAUGUUGAGAGUCAAUCUAAUCGCCAACCUGUUUUAGGUGCCACACCAUCUCGGCCUGAUCUGGUACUAACUGGACAUCAAGACAAUGCUGAAUUUGCACUAGCCAUGUGUCCUACAGAACCCUUUGUGCUCUCUGGAGGCAAGGACAAGUCUGUGGUUUUGUGGAGCAUCCACGACCAUAUAUCAUCUUUGGCAGCAGAUCAGGGAGCUCAAAAGUCACCAGGAUCUAAGGGUGGUGCAGUCAAUGGCAAACCUGCAGAUGGCUCCACUGUUCAAGCUCGAGGGGUUUUCCAGGGGCAUGAGGAUACUGUUGAAGAUGUCCAGUUUAACCCAUCAAGCGCACAGGAGUUCUGUAGUGUUGGUGAUGAUUCUUGCCUUAUACUGUGGGAUGCAAGAACUGGCUUGUCCCCUGUUGUUAAGGUUGAGAAGGCUCAUAAUGCUGAUCUUCAUUGUGUUGAUUGGAAUCCGAAUGAUGUGAAUCUAAUUUUGACAGGAUCUGCCGAUAAUUCCGUUCGCAUGUAUGACCGUCGAAAUCUUACUUCUGGGGGAGUUGGAUCCCCUGUUCACAUAUUUGAAGGGCAUACUGCUGCUGUGCUGUGCGUUCAGUGGUCACCAGCUAAAGCAUCUGUAUUCGGCAGUGCUGCAGAGGAUGGUCUCUUGAAUAUCUGGGAUCACGGAAAGAUUGGCAAGGUGGAGAAUUAUUCUGGAGCAGGAAAUUCAAUUUAUCCCCCAGGCUUAUUCUUCCGACAUGCUGGGCAUAGGGAUAAAGUGGUCGACUUUCACUGGAAUGCGGCCGAUCCAUGGACAAUCGUUAGUGUGUCUGAAGAUGGAGAAAAGACUGGUGGGGGAGGUACCCUACAGAUAUGGCGAAUGAUCGACCUGAUUUACCGGCCAGAAGAGGAGGUGGUGGCUGAGCUCGACAAGUUCAAGUCCCAUCUGCUGACAUGCUCUUCUUCUUGAUUUUACAUUUUGGAAGCUAGGAACCUUAUGGUCCUCUUAAACCGUAAAGACCCCUAUAUAUUCUAACAUGAGGUUGAUGCGCUUGUCCUCAAAUGCUACUUAUUGAAUAGCUGUGUGUUCAGAAACCAGAUAAACUAUGCAUCCUUCUCUUUCUUUGCUCUCUGUUCUUUGUUCCUCUUUCCGUGGGACAUCUGCUCGCUUGGUGAAUCCUUCUUUAAUGUGCAUUUUGUGCUCGUUAAAGAAUGUCACUUUUGUGGUCCGGAACUUGGUCUAAUCAAACCUUAGAAGAGUACUAUUUUCAUGUA